CUGGAGGAUUAGGGUAAGAGAGAAAACCAGGUCUCAUCAGGUAUCGAGUAAAUUAAUAUGAACAAGGACGGUGGCAGAAGUCACUCUUUGUAUAAUGACUCGUCGUGUAGGGGGGCAGGAUUAGCACCGACUGUGGGCCGGACGGAUGAAUGAUUGUUCGAUUCACGACGGUUAAGACCAACAGCCCGUUAAACUGGAGGAGGGUCGCUAUGUCAGCCCCUCUAACAUCUCGUGGAGCUGCAAUCAGCACUGGCCGAGGUGAUAUGUGAAGGUGAGAGAGAGAGAGAUAGAGAGAGAGGAAUCCCCGAGCGUCCUUUACUGCCCGCAGUAAAGCCCUGAGGUUCAGGGGCCGUUGCAGAGAGUGACUGCAGUGAAGUACAGAGAUGAGCAGUCCAGAGCAGAGCAGUGAAGUGAAGUGAAGAGCAGUGCAGGGAGGGCAGGGCAGGGCAGGGCAGAGGUGCUAGGAGUGCUACAGCAUUCCAAACUGCAAAGAUCUAUCACAACAACAAUCCCAUCCCAUCCCAUCGCAUCCCGUUGUUUGUUUGUUUGAUUGAUUGUUUGGUUGCUUGCUUGCUUGCUUUUGCGCUUUUAUAAAUCUGAUUGCUGUUGCUGCUGUUGCAGCUGCUGGUUGCCUGGGGCUGCUGUUGCUGCUGCUGCUGCUGCUGGGGGUGGUCAUGGUGAUCGAGAGUCGAGCCGCGGGAGCCAAUGGCGCCCCACUCUACUCGAGCGCCAGCAAAAGAACCCCUACGACAGCUCCGAGAGGAGCCUAGCCGACGAGUAGCAGUCCCCCAACACCCGACUGCGAACGCGAGAGCUUUUAUUUUAAAGGCCAGGACAAAAUUCGCUAUGAUGCAAGUGAUGCACGAAAUCUAGCGGCGAACAAAGCUACGAGGCGCAGUCAGGAGCUAAUGAUGGAAUGCGCUUGCUUUUGCCUCAGCUGCCUAGUAGUCCAAACUAUGAACUUUCUGUAAGAUGUGAUGAGAACUCGACGAUGUUGUUGGUUAUGUCGUUGUUGUUGUUGGUGCUGCUGCUGCUGUACCCAGAGCCAGCUUCUGGCCGCGGACGGAGGAGAGAGCGGGAGUGCGCAGCGACGGGACUUGGCCAAUUGUGUUGUUGCGAGCGGGGGAGGACCACCGAAGGGAGGGGCUCGCGAGGGCAGAUUCUCCGCAACCACUUUCGAUGAGGCACGUGGGAACCGAGAGUCUGUGCCCAGCGCAAGCCGCGGGGUCGGCACACAUGUACGCUCCAUAGGCUCGUUGCGUUUCCGAGGACAAACAAAAGAAUACAUGUCGAUGCGCCCGUUUGUCGCUUGCGCAGGGGAUAAACCCUCCCGCACCUUGACAGAUCGGGCAAGGAAUGAAAAAAAGCCAAGCGCCUCGAGCUCGAGCCCCUGCCACUGCGCUCUCGCCCAAUCCCUGCCUCUUUGCUCCUCCCUCCUCUUUGAACCUUUGGGCCCCCGGGGGCCCCACUCGCCCUGCUUUUCCCACGCAUGAAGACCUGGAUUCUCUCCGCCCCCUCUCCUGUUCACUUCCACAGGCAGCCCCCCUCUUUCCCCUUUGCUCCUCCCAGUCCUUCCCUUCUCUUCCCCUUCCCCUUCCCCUCCCCCCAGAGAGAAACAGCGAGAGACCGUGGCAGACGGGGGGCUAGAGGGGGGCCUGUGAUUGGGCUUGGGGCAAAUUGACCCAACCCCUUGCUUCCUGAGGCUUCCUCCGUUACAACGAGUCAGGGCUUGCCCCCUCGUUCCGGGGCCAACCUCGCGGUCGCAGACCCGGAUUCAUUAUUAUCCAUCCACCUAUUUAUCUGUUGAUCCCAUCCAGCCCCGUCCCCACUCCGCCGUUCCCGUGCCCGUGCCCCUCGAAUUGGGGCUGGGGAUGCAUGGGGGUUAAUGAGCGAGCGGGGCUGUGGUGGGGGGUGCGUUGGGCUUACCCCAUUGGGUGGCUUUAUGGAGUGGGGGCUUCCGUCCCCACCCGGCAAGCACCAUGUCCUCCUUUUUUUAGUUUGUUUCGUGAAUGAGAACAAAUGUGCGGUGAUGAUGUUUACUGAAGGAAGUGGGGGCGGGGGUUUGGAGAUUUUUUGGGGGCAGGGGAGAGGCUCGAUGGGCAUCUAGCCCGCCCCACCUGAUUUCGAUCGAGCAGCAACAAGGGGUCCUUUCAGUAGGCCCAAAAGGCCACUACUAGCACCUCCACCACCACUAGUACUACCACUACUCCCUCCUGCUGCUGCUGCCGCUGGUGCUGCUGCUCUCCCCUCCCCCGUCGCCUGCACCUGCUUGCUUCUCGACUGCUGUGGUCCUGCGUUCGGAUCCGCACAGGGCCACAGCACUCGCUCACCACAUGUGGACCUGGCCCGGGAAGCAGCAGAGUUGGGCCAAUGUGUGUACUUGCUUGCUUGCAUGCUGCUCUCUUUCGUUGCCUGUUUGCCUGUUGCCUUUCUUUCUUUCUUUCUUUCUUACUCCCAUCUUUCAUCCGCCUGUCGCCGAUUACAUUCUUCUUUUCACGGCUCGCGAGAUAAUUUCUGUCCCUGUUUGUCCUUUCUUCCCUUCUUUACGCUCGGAUUUAACUUCCAUCGAGCCGCAGUAGCCGCUGCUGUUGCCGGUGCUGCUCCAUCAUCAUGACGAACAGCCUUCCGUUCGCUCCUGCUGUAUGUAUUUCCAUCGCUCUCUUGGCUCGAGAACAUUCAUUCGAGCAGGGAGGCAGCAGCAGCAGCAGCGCCUACAGGGACGCUGCCCCCUCCCGCAGGAUCAAUCAAUGAAUGUCGAAAUAUCCCGGAGUGGUACAAUCGCUUUCAAACGAGGGAGGCGCUAGUUUACUCCUAACGACUUAUUAUUUCUCGUGGAGUGUAUGGACAUUCUUGGGUAGAACACGGGGUUUUCUUUGCAGAACUGCGGCUCUCUGCCAGAGCUGACGCCAUGGUGCUUGUUGCACUCCUUCAAUAUGUGCACACCCGUUCGUUCAGGAUGGCUCGUCAUUAUGAGGCUGCUGACCUGACCACAUUCUGAAAAGGCUCGCCCCUCCCCUUCCUUUCUGCAUUAUUCGAUUGGAGGCAGAGACAAAACGAGCUUUUCUUCAGAGACAUAUAUAUCAUCCACUCGAGCACUCGCUCCAGGAAAGCGAUCCUCGGGCAGCUACAAUCCCGGGCCUGGCAGUUGCCCUUACACCGUCCAGACUAUGUUUAGUAACUCUGAGUUUGAAUUCUGGUGCGUCUCGGGUUGCAGACAGAUUGCAUUGGAUUCUCCCCCCACGCAAGAGAUCCAUCCUGUCUCAGCUUCCGCAACUUGCUUGGAGCUACGCUCCGGCAGCCAGCCUACCCCAAUCCCCCCUCCUUCAAUCUGCGUCAUACACACAAACUUGAUCCGCCUUGCAGAUCCUCACCAACCAAUCAUCUGCUUUUUGUCCCGUAACCUUGGAGAGCAGACACAUCAGAGACAUGACCAAGUUUGCGAAUCAAUCAGGCGGUUCAAGCUGGCUUCCUGUAUACUAACGCCAGCUUAUUUAAUGAGCUCACUCUGGCAUCUCCGCGGCCUUCAGGACACGUGCAUCAGGAAACACAUGUUGAUCAACAUUCACAGACCAAACACAUCAG